CCUUUGAAUACGCUCAGACUAAGCAAAGCGUUUUGACCUUUCUACGCUUCCCACGAAAUUUAGUUCCACACAGACCCAGAAAACUUGCAGUGCAAAAAGACUAGUUUCCGUGCUUUGUUAUCAAAAUCCUCGAUCUGGGUUUCAUAAAGAACGAGUCUUUUCUUGUGGGAAACGUCUCUGAUUUGUAAAGUUUCGAUCUUUGCUGUUCUUAAUUAUUGAAAUCGGAGUUUUUGGUUACUGGGUUUGAUCUGGGCCUCUCUGAGACUCAGUGACAGUGUUUAAGAUGAAGGAAAAGAUUGGAUUUUUGGUGUCUGUUUGGUUUUUGCUAUGUGGGUUUUGUGUGGGGAGGUUUGUGGUGGAGAAGAACAGCUUGAAAGUGACUUCCCCAAACUCAUUGAAGAAUGUUUAUGAAUGUGCUAUUGGGAAUUUUGGGGUUCCUCAGUAUGGAGGGACCUUGGUUGGGACUGUGUUUUAUCCCAAGGCUAAUCAAAAGGCAUGCAAGGGUUUUGAAGAUUUCGAUAUCUCAUUCAAAUCCAAGCCUGGUGGAUUGCCAACCUUUCUUCUGGCCGAUCGAGGAGAUUGUUACUUCACAUUGAAGGCUUGGAAUGCACAGAAUGGUGGAGCGGCCGCUAUUCUUGUUGCAGAUGACAGAACUGAACCAUUGAUUACCAUGGACACUCCCGAGGAAGAAAAUGCAGAUGCUGAUUAUCUGCAGAAAAUUGCAAUUCCCUCCGCUCUUAUCAGCAAAUCUUUGGGGGAUAGCAUUAAAAAAGCUCUAUCUGAUGGGGAGAUGGUCAACAUUAAUCUUGACUGGACAGAGGCUCUUCCACAUCCUGAUGAGCGUGUUGAGUAUGAGUUCUGGACAAACAGCAAUGAUGAGUGUGGACCAAAGUGUGAUAGCCAGAUUGAUUUUGUGAAGAACUUUAAAGGAGCUGCUCAGGUACUUGAGCGGAAGGGGUACACUCAGUUUACUCCACACUAUAUUACUUGGUACUGCCCAGAAGCUUUUAUUUUGAGUAAACAGUGCAAAUCUCAGUGCAUCAAUCAUGGGAGGUACUGUGCUCCAGAUCCCGAACAGGACUUUAGUAAAGGUUAUGACGGGAAAGAUGUUGUGGUUCAAAACCUCCGUCAAGCUUGCUUCUAUAAAGUGGCCAAUGAAAGUGGAAAGCCGUGGCUAUGGUGGGACUAUGUGACUGACUUUGCAAUUCGAUGCCCAAUGAAAGAGAAGAAGUACACUGACGAUUGUGCAAAUCAAGUUAUUGAAUCCUUAGGUGUUGAUCUUAAGAAGAUACAGACAUGUAUUGGGGAUACUGAGGCAGAUGAGGAGAAUGCAGUUCUAAAGGCUGAACAGGAUGCACAGAUUGGCAAGGGCACCCGUGGAGAUGUUACCAUAUUGCCAACUCUUGUUAUAAACAGCAGACAGUACAGAGGGAAACUGGCCAAAGGAGCUGUUCUCAAGGCCAUCUGUGCUGGUUUUCAAGAAACUACUGAACCGGCUGUGUGUUUGAGUGAAGAUGUAGAAACCAACGAGUGCCUGGAAAACAAUGGAGGUUGCUGGCAGGAUAAAGCUUCUAACUUAACUGCAUGCAGGGAUACAUUCCGUGGAAGAGUCUGCGAAUGCCCUACUGUGCAAGGCGUGAAGUUUGUGGGUGAUGGUUACACUCACUGUGAAGCUUCCGGAGCGUUACGCUGUGAAAUUAACAAUGGAGGUUGUUGGAGGAAAACUAAAAAUGGCAAGACUUACUCUGCAUGUCGUGAUGAUCAUACAAAAGGUUGCACGUGCCCGCCAGGAUUCAAGGGUGAUGGAGAGAAAACAUGUGAAGAUGUUGAUGAGUGUAAGGAGAAGGUGGCUUGCCAAUGUUCACAAUGUAAAUGCAAGAAUACUUGGGGCAGUUACGAGUGCAGCUGUGGUGGUGGUUUGUUGUACAUGCGAGAGCAUGAUGCAUGUAUAGGUAAAAAUGCCAGGAAUACAGAGUAUAGCUGGAGCUUUAUUUGGGUUAUCAUUCUAUGCUUGGGUGCUGUUGGAGUUGGAGGAUAUGCGGUUUACAAGUACAGAAUCCGAAGAUACAUGGACUCAGAGAUCCGGGCAAUCAUGGCACAGUACAUGCCAUUGGAUAACCAAGGAGAAAUUCCCAAUCAUGUCUCCCGCGGUGAUAUCUGAAACCGAGUAGGGAAGAGACUCGUAUGAUAAAACGGCUCUUGAGAAGGGAAGACAUUCAACCGCGGUUUCAAAUCAAGAACUUCCUCCGGGCACCAACAAUUGAUUUCAUUGUCAUGACUCAUGCUAUAGUGUAAUCAGUAAUAGUUUCCAUGUGUCUAGCAGUGCAUCCUUUAGCCUUGUUUAAUCACCAUUUCGCUUUUAUUGCCAGCGGGAAACGAUUGUUAUACUUGUAAAACAAUCACAGUAGUAUAAGGUCGUUAUAUAAGUGAUGAGGAAGCCAGACGCCAUUGACUAUC